AAAUCAACACACUAACUCAGUACCAGACCAAGCUCAAAAAUCUUCACAAAAAAAGGAAAAAGAAGAAUCCCGAAGAAGAAGAAGAGAAGAAGCCAUAACAAUGGUUGCCGUAGCAGCAGCGACAGCAUACUCACACUUGGUUUUCUCAAAAUCCGCUUCUUCUUCUUCUUCUUCUUCUUUGUCCUCCUCUGUUUCUCCCACUCGUCUCUGCCCCUUGCAGUUAUGCGUCUUCGACCCAAAAUCAGAUCUUUCUGCUUCAAAUCACAGCAGCGGCAGGAAGAAUCAAGUGGGUAGUGGCGGAUUCAGAUGUACGGCGGAGUCCGGUCCGGCGGCGGAGGCGACGGCGGGGACGAAGAAGAAGAGCGGGUAUGAGAUUGAGACGCUGACGGGGUGGCUGCUGAAGCAAGAGGUGGCAGGGGUGAUUGACGCAGAGCUGACGAUAGUGUUGUCGAGCAUAUCAAUGGCAUGCAAGCAAAUAGCGUCUCUGGUUCAGAGAGCCAACAUAUCGAACCUCACAGGGAUUCAGGGCGCCACAAAUGUGCAAGGAGAAGAUCAGAAGAAAUUGGACGUCGUCUCCAACGAGGUAUUCUCGAAUUGCCUGAGAUCAAGUGGGAGGACAGGGAUAAUAGCAUCAGAGGAAGAGGACGUGCCAGUGGCAGUGGAAGAGAGCUAUUCAGGAAACUACAUUGUCGUCUUCGAUCCUCUCGAUGGUUCUUCCAACAUUGAUGCUGCCGUCUCCACGGGCUCCAUCUUCGGCAUCUACAGCCCCAACGACGAGUGCCUCGCCGACAUCGACGAAGACUCCACCCUGGGCACAGCAGAACAAAGAUGCGUAGUGAACGUGUGCCAACCAGGUAGCAACCUGUUAGCAGCAGGAUACUGCAUGUACUCAAGCUCCAUCAUCUUCGUCCUCACACUGGGACAAGGAGUGUUUGGUUUUACGUUGGAUCCCAUGUACGGCGAAUUUGUUCUAACACAAGAGAACAUUCAGAUCCCAAAAGCUGGCAAAAUCUAUGCCUUCAAUGAAGGGAACUACCAGCUGUGGGAUGACAAGUUGAAGAAGUACAUAGACGAUUUGAAGGACCCUGGUCCUUCAGGGAAACCCUAUUCGGCAAGGUACAUUGGCAGCUUGGUAGGAGACUUCCAUAGGACUUUGCUAUAUGGAGGCAUUUAUGGGUAUCCAAGAGACAAGAAGAGCAAGAAUGGGAAGCUGAGGUUGCUCUAUGAGUGUGCUCCUAUGAGCUUCAUUGUAGAGCAGGCUGGUGGCAAAGGUUCUGAUGGCCACAAGAGAAUACUUGACAUUGAACCUCAGGAAGUCCAUCAGCGCGUUCCGCUGUACAUCGGGAGCAAAGAAGAGGUGGAGAAGGUGGAGAAGUAUUUAGCUUAAUUCAUAUAUGUCUUGUUUAUCAUCAUUAUAUGCUGAACCCAAACCUUGUAAAGCAAUGUUCACUCAAAAAGUGUUUUUGAAGGAUGAAUUUACGUGUCUACCUUAUUUCAUUCUUUAA